UGCUUACUAGAUUAUACCAGUCAGCUGGUUCUUCCCUUAACAUUCCUGCUGCAAUUGCUACUCUUCUAUUAUCUGGCUAUCCAUUAGCUUCUUUUGCUCUUAAAAACAUUUCAAUCCAUUUUUGA